AGCUCAGAUCAUCUCGGUGUUUCCGUUGCAUACGCCGAACAGUAUCACCUGGUCGAGAUCGUUCCAACGACCUGGCUUGCCGCUGCAGUUGCGAUCAUACCUAUCAGGGCCCAGACUGGGCCGGGAUUGCGGCGAAACCUCUGGGUUGUUCACUCGUUUGAUCGCGUGAGU